AGAGAAAAGGUUGCCGGCCCCAGAAUCGGCGCAACAUUUUCCCAGUGGGGAUGACAGGCGCGGAAAAAAGUAAAAACAUUGUAUCGUUAGUCAACAACAACAACUAUCAGCCGUAGCUUUUUUCGUACCAUUUCUAAAUCGGACGCCGCAGGCAGCGGUCGCUUCCUGAAAAAAAAAACUACGAUUAAAAAUAAAAAAUACAGAUGCGUUCACGAAUUUAUUUCGAUUACGAAAUUAAUUUAGUAACAUAACUUUUUUUUUAAUCGUAAUGUUUGAGUGAUAUUAGUGUUGUGCAGUGAUAAUGUUGUCCCGGUGUAGUGUUGCUAGUGUGAGCAGGAGUGUUGUAUUUUUUUUAAUUGUCGGACAACUUUUGGACUUUGGGGGAGCUUAUAGUCCGAGAGAGUGCGGCGUCCCACUCCGCCGACACACACGGCAGCCGCGGGAGCGUACAGCGGGACAACUGCGGAUCAUCAAGGGGAGAGAGACCAAGCGCGGAGCGUGGCCGUGGCAGGUGUCCCUGCAACUGCUGCACCCGAACUUUGGGCUCAUCGGGCACUGGUGCGGCGGCGUCCUGGUGCAUCCAUUGUGGCUGCUCACUACCGCGCACUGCAUACACAAUGAGCUGUUCAAUCUGCCAGUCCCGGCGCUCUGGACAGCAGUUCUCGGGGAAUGGGACCGCGCCGAGCAAAAGGGAGCCUACGUGCCCAUCGAAAGGAUAGUACUCCAUCAUCGCUUUCAUAACUACCAGCAUGACAUAGCUCUAAUGAAACUAACAAAGCCUGCAGACGUGAGUGCCCGAAGCCGCGUCAGAACAAUCUGCCUGCCCCCCUUCGAGCCGCCCGUCUUCAACACCGAGCGCGCCACCUUCUACAUGCGACCAGACCUCAACCCACCCAGCACCUCCUCAGAACCUCCAAAAAAAUCCAAGCGACCACCCAAACCUAACCCCGACACAGCCACAAAAUACUUAGAAAAGCUUAACAAUUUAACCAAGACAAUCUUCUCCGGAUUCGUCAGUAAAAAGAACAAAAACAUGAGAUACAACGUAAGAGUAGCUAACGAUAGCAACAGACAUACCAACAGAAAGACUGACGAAGACAUCCAAAAAGCUGAUAACGAAAGGAAAAGUGAUAUAGUAUACCCCAGCGCCACUUUAGAUAGCGUUGUUAAACUUAUUAAGACCAAAAUGGCUAAAGACAGGAGAAAAACAGAAAGAAAUGAUAAGAAGUUGAUGUUUGCUGAUGAAAUAGAUCCGUUUAUAGAUGUUAAUAAUGGGAUAGACUUUAAGGAUGAGUGUUACGCGACGGGUUGGGGGAGGGAACAGACGAACGGGACGUUGACGGACGUCUUGUUGGAAGCGGAGGUGCCAGUGCUGCCGUUGAGGAUAUGCAGGGAGAGGUACUCGUUGACGCUGCCGCUGAACGAGGGGCAUUUGUGUGCGGGCAGUACGGACGGGAGUACGGGGGCUUGUGUGGGCGAUAGCGGCGGUCCACUCCAAUGCCGAACAGGUAGCCGUUGGGAGCUGCGCGGUCUCACAUCCUUCGGUUCAGGCUGCGCGCGCACCGGUGUACCCGACGUGUACACCAACGUCGAACACUACGUGCCUUGGAUAUACGCUCACGUGUACGCUACGUAGCACCUCCC